AUUCAAUUGUAUUAACAAUUAAAAAAGAUUGAUAAAAUAUCCCAAACAUUGAGCAAGUGUUGAGAUAUUGACGUGAAGAUCAAGAAAGAGAGUCAGAUUCAAAAAAUGGAUCUUCAUCCUCUUCUCUACUCCUCCAUUCCUUCUUGGUCUUCUGUGGGUUUAUUGCUAUCAUAUUUUGGGUACUUAGCAAUAUUUGGGUCUUUUCUUCCUGGAAAAAUCAUUCCUGGUGUCACUUUAGCUGAUGGAAGUCGCCUCCAUUACCGCUGCAAUGGUUUAUUGUCAUUGAUUUUGUUGGUUUUGCUUCUUGGUGGUGGAGUUGCUGCUGGAUUGCUUUCACCUACAGCCAUUGCAGACAGAGGACUUGAGCUUCUCUCUGCAACAUUCAUUUUCAGUUUUCUUGUCACUUUGUAUCUUUACAUAGUGGGUAGCACUUCCCGUGACCAAAGUUCUUCUUUGAAGCCGCAUAUUGCCGGAAACAUUAUUCAUGACUGGUGGUUUGGAAUACAGCUAAAUCCUCAAUUUAUGGGCAUUGAUCUCAAAUUUUUCUUUGUGAGAGCUGGAAUGCUAGGAUGGUUGAUUAUUAAUCUUUCAGUUCUGGGUAAAAGUAUCCAAGAUGGCGAAUUGCAUCGAUCUAUGGUUCUUUACCAGCUAUUCUGUACUUUUUACAUCCUUGACUACUUCUUUCAUGAGGAAUACAUGACUUCCACGUGGGACAUAAUUGCUGAGAGAUUGGGCUUUAUGUUGGUUUUUGGUGAUUUAGUGUGGAUUCCAUUUACAUUUAGCAUCCAGGGAUGGUGGCUUUUGAGAAAUAAGGUUGAGCUAACGACAGCCGCAGUAGUGGCAAACUGUAUUACCUUCGUAAUGGGGUAUGUCAUAUUCAGGGGUUCUAACAAGCAGAAACACGUGUUUAAGAAAAAUCCUAAAGCACCCAUAUGGGGCAAAGCUCCAAAGGUCAUUGGGGGCAAAUUGCUCGUUUCUGGAUAUUGGGGAAUUGCUCGGCAUUGUAACUAUUUAGGAGACUUGUUAUUGGCACUGUCAUUUAGUCUACCGUGUGGAAUAAGCUCUCCGAUUCCUUACUUUUACCCCAUCUAUCUUCUUAUUUUGCUGAUAUGGAGAGAGCGAAGGGAUGAAGCUCGAUGUGCGGAGAAGUAUAAAGACAUUUGGGCUGAAUACUGUAAAGUUGUGCCCUGGAGAAUAAUGCCAUAUAUUUACUAGUGGUUUAUUUAUACCGUCAACACCCUUCCUUCUGUAAUCGUUUUUGACUAUCGACAUAUCAUCUCUCAAAUUCUAAUUCAGUCGAGUAAUGGUAGAUGCAAACAUGUUACGAUUAUUCUAUGCACAUGCUCUCUUUUUUGCGCUUCUGGGUUGAUUAGUUUGGUCUGUGAUGCUGUGCCUGAGACGUGCGUACAUUACUAGCAAAACCUUAACAUCUACGAUAAAGUCUUAUGAAGAUUGUAAAUCCGGGUAGCAAAUAUUCCCGACAUUAGACAUCUUUUCGGAAAACCAAGGAUUAUCACUCCAAUUAGGAAAGUUGAGCUUCUUUACGAAGAUAUUAUUGUUACGUUGCCUCUUGUAAUGUACUCGAUUUGCUUCAAUGAAAUACCGAAUAUGGUAUCGCACCUUUAAACUUCA